ACCAUCAUCACCACUACCGCCGCAUCAUAACCCACAAUCUAGCCCGCCACGCUGCCACAAAUAGGGAUGCUACUAACAAGUUACAGCGUCUCGGCGGCAUUUGCGCUGUUGCUAUCGCUCGCAAUCUGGCAAUUCGAGCCCUUUAAAAAGCCCUCAAGAAUAACAUGCUACCAGCGUAUUGACACUCUAUCUCCAACCAACGAUUCGUUCACCUGCAUUCAGGCGUCCGACCGGAGCGGGCAGGUUCUCCACCUUUUUAACCAUAGCGGCUACAGCGAUAGUAAUGGCUUAGAGGCUUGGGAUAUGAAUGCUGGCUAUGUGAUUCCGGGGUUGUGGGAUGGGCAUGGACAUGUUUUGCAGUAUGGGGAGAUGUUGAGCGGUGUCAAGCUUUAUGGAGCGGAGAGUGUUGACGGUAUGAACUACGACUCAACAUUUUUUUUUCUUUUUCUUUUUUGUUCCUUUCCCCUGAUACUAUACUAAUUGUGGUUUUAGCAAUCAGAACGAGAAUUAAAGAAUACCAGAAAAAGAAUCCCACGCAUGGGGGUAAGGCAAGGUGGAUCCGGGGGAUCGGGUGGGAUCAGAUGUAUUUUGGCGGCAUUAUGCCGAUUGCCGUACCUAUUCUCCCGGUUGGCAAUGUAGGGUUUGUUUACUGGUACUUACAAGGUGGUACGUGCCAUUAUGUGCACGGGCGAUGAUAUCUAGGAACAACUCAGCCAAGAUCCGGAGCUGUCUGGGCUGUAUAUCAUGCUGGACAGAGUUGAUGGUCACUGUGUUUGGGUUUCCGGUUUGUCUACCUUAUAACUCCCCUCCGCUCCCCUCCCUCCUUUUUCACUAGCUAAAGGAUUAAUAUCAUGUUUGCGGGGCAGAACCGGUUCUCAACCUCCUCCCAGCCCCAUUCCCGGAGAUCCCCGGCGGUGAGGUGAUCACCAACCCGGGCGUCGGGGUGUUCUGUGAUAACGCUAUGGACCCUGUAUUCAGUGCCUGGCCACGUCCCGGACGCGAUGAGAAGAUUGGAUUUCUGGAGGAUGCGAUGAAGUCACUGCAUUCUGUCGGCAUUGUUGGGAUACAUGAUGCGGGUGUGCUCCCAGCCGAUGUGGAAAUGCUUAAUGAGUAGGGCUCAUUCACAUUCUGAUUUCUGGUGCGGAGGGGAUUUUCUGACGGGUUGUAGUCUUGCGGAUGCGGGGAGAUUGACGCUAAGGUUCUACGCAAUGCUGGAGUGUCCUGUUCGGAAUACAAUCUGUGGGAGUAAAGUAAGAAUGGUCCAUCGCGAGGAUGGGAAAUUGAGCGUGCGGUCUGUUAAGCUAUUUGCCGGUAUGUGCUCUGUGGGGUGUGGAAUUACCUGCGCAAAGCCGACUAAGGACAUGACAGAUGGAGCCCUUGGAUCCUGGGGUGCCGCCCUCUUAUCGCCGUACUCUGACAGACCCAACGCGACCGGCACCAUGCUAAUCGAAGAAGAAGACCUCUACUCCAUUGCGAAGGGAUGGGACAAUCUGGGUUACCAGGUGAACAUCCACGCCAUUGGUGACCGCGCGAACCGGGCCGCCAUAACAGCCUUCGAGAACAUCCUAAAACUCUUCUGCCCUCGAAGCUCCUACCAUGAAGCCUGCAGCCUGCGAGAACUGCAAGGCGAAAAGCGCUUUAGAAUAGAGCAUGCGCAGAUAAUUUCCCCAGAAGACCAGGAGAGACUGGUCAAUAUGGGAAUUAUCCCCUCUAUACAACCUACCCAUGCCACUAGCGACAUGGCAUACGCCCUCGCCCGCAUCGGCCCCGAGCGUCUUACCAGGAGCGCAUAUCGGAUGAAGUCGUUCUAUGACGCCGGUCUACCAGUAAUUUUGGGCUCAGAUUUUCCUGUUGAACCGCCUUCUCCCUUCGCGGGUAUCUACGCCGCAAUGACCAGACGUUCGCCGGGAGGCGGUAGCUCGGAGAACGAUACCUGCCCGGAAUGCGGCUGGUACCCUGAAGAGAAAAUUACACUCCAGGAAGCACUGGGCGGAUUUGGCGUAAAUGUAGCGUGGGGUGGGUUCAUGGAUGACAAGGGGGUUGGGGAACUGAAGGUGGGUGGGUGGGCGGAUUGGAUUGUGCUCGAUAAGGAUAUUUGGGCGGUGGGCGAGGAGGGGAUUAGAGAUGUGAAGGUCCUUGAGACUUGGGUUGCUGGAAAGAGGGUUUGGGCUGCCGAUGAGCGGUCGGUGAGGCCAGGCUCGUGGUGGAGGAGGGCGUGGCAGAGAGGUAUACUGGGUGAAUAG